AUUUUGGGUGAAAAAAUGAAAAAAAUACAUGAAAAAUGUCUAAUCAACCAAAGAUUUUGCAACCCCCCUUGCAGUAGCUACCCCUGCGCACCCCCUAGGGGUUGCGGACCCCCUGUUGAAGACCUAUGUUCUAAACUGUGAUGCCAAGAAAUUAACUCAUCCGGGAUGAAAUGCUGCAAAAUCUGAAAACCCAAACAUGACAAAAACAUGUAUAUAAAACAACAUAGGAUAAAAGACAUGACAAGCUCCACCUGAUUUACAUGAUUUAACAUUCAAUAAAUUGUUCUGUAGUUCAUGUAAAACAAGGAUUUGUCUUAAGCUGCUACUACUCAUUCAGUUGAUCACUGUAAAGGUUGACGUGACGCUCGUCCGGCAUCGAUAAAACUGAACUUAAGUUAACCUAAAUUAAGCCUAAAUUAAGUCAACAAUUGAGCAGAGAGCACGCUACCAGCAGGGAUUAAACGCAGCAACUAAACAUGUGGGUUUGCCGGUCUGUGUGUUUAUCCUAGAUCAUGCCUUUGUGCUUGCCUCCAUCCCUCACACCUGAUUUGAUUAUGUCUCCUCUGCAAUGAUUUGCAUGUAUUAUAUCUAACAACCGUUAAACUGGUCAGGUAGGAGUUCAGCGUUAGUUAGCGAUAUGCGUGUGUGUGUGUGUGUGUGUGUGUGUGUGUGUGUGUGUGUGUGUGUGUGGAUAAGCAACUUGCAGAGCUUCCCAUUGGCCUCGAUCACUGGGAGAUGUUGAAGAUGUUGCAACUUGUUCCGCGGAGGCAAAGAGAGAGCAAAAGACACUACAGUGUACGCAGGGAAGAAAUGACAAAUGCAGGAAAUGCUGAUACUAGUAGUCGGCUGAGGGAUGAAUCAUGAGGUGGAUUUUCACCUCUACCCCGUAAGCCGAGUAUGUUUGGACGUCUUGUGACUGGAAGAGGAUUGGAGGAGAAGAAUCCAAACUGAGACCGCCUCCACCACUUGAGGCUUACCUUUACUCUUCAGACAACACCCCUCACCUGUGCCGAGCACCUCAGCGUCGCAGAGCAGCUCUGACAGCGACGUGGAUUCACCCGGUGGACCGUCCGUCAGAACUCUUUUAUCGUUUCUUUUUCUACCGUUGGGAUGCAUUUCACCAUUCCGCCAUCCUCCCCUUAGAACCCAGCCUGGUCCUUUUCCGUGGACUGCCUCUACACACUGGACCCUUAAUAGCUUGGACAUGUUCGGCCCAGGGCAACUGGUAUCCACUCUCCUUCCAGCUGUUUUCCAUUCACCUGCAGCUCACUUUUUCCCCGCGUUCCCAACCAGACUGGGCUCUCAACCUCAGAUCCUGAUCCCGGGGCCCUUUAUCAGCUACGAAUCCCUGAGGAAUUACCUGCAGCCAGAGCCGUGCAAGGAGGCUUUGCUCCUGGCCACACAGGCGGUCGGGAUCGGCCCCCUCUCGGACGGCACAGAUGAACAGAGGCCAGUGAAGCAGCGGCGCGCGCGGGCCAACUACAGCAGCUGGCAGCUGGAGGAGCUGGAGAAGGCGUUCGAGGCCACCCACUACCCGGACAUCUUCAUGAGGGAAGCCCUGGCCCUCAGACUGGAUCUCAUCGAGGCCAGAGUGCAGGUUUGGUUUCAAAACCGCCGCGCCAAGAUGAGGCGGCAGCUGAAGCUCCAGGGCCAGCUCACGGGCCCUUACGUGAAAAGAGACGACGACGAACCGUCCGGGGGAGCGAACAAGAGUUUUAAACAGACGGAGAGUUCUGACGGCGAACACUGGGAGAGACAGCAGGAAGGAGACAGUUACCCGUGGACGAAAGCUCCAAGCGCCGCGCUGAGCCCGCGUACCCAGCUCGGCGCUGCCCCGCGGUUGGGAAAGUGGGAGAGGCCCGAGGGCCCGAGCUCAGAGGAGCUUCGCUCCUGCAGCAUCGCCAAGCUACGCGCCAAAGCUAGAGAGCACGAGGCCGAGAUCCACAGCACCGUAAGCAUGACGGGAGGAGACACGCGGCCACAAACGCAGGAAACUGAUGUCGUGCACAAUGACUGAUCUGUUUCCUCCUUCCUUUUUAGCUCACAAAGUAAUAAUAAAAACCUGCGUAAACGCUAUUUUUACGCAGGAACAUACUUUUGGGAUGAGGAAUUUUAGUAUUCAGUUUUCAUUAAAUAUAUAUGUGUAUAUAUUUUGUAUGAUUUUGUAUUAAGUAAUAAAUUUAAAAGGUCAGUUCUCAUUUUCAGGAUGCGUCCAACUAAUAUUUCUGGACUAAGAACAUUAAAUGACAGAUGACAAUCGUG